AUGGUGGUCGCGACAAUCAAGUGCGUCGUCGUCGGCGACGGUGCGGUCGGAAAGACAUGUCUUCUUAUCAGUUAUACCACGAACAAGUUCCCCUCGGAAUAUGUCCCUACAGUCUUCGACAACUACGCCGUGACCGUCAUGAUCGGUGACGAGCCAUACACCCUCGGUCUCUUCGAUACUGCCGGACAGGAAGAUUACGACCGUCUCCGGCCGCUGUCAUACCCCCAAACCGACGUCUUCCUCGUCUGCUUCUCCGUGACCUCACCCGCUUCUUUUGAGAACGUCCGCGAGAAAUGGUUCCCCGAAGUACAUCACCACUGCCCGGGCGUGCCCUGCCUGAUCGUCGGCACACAAGUAGAUCUGAGGGAGGACGCUGCAGUAAAAGACAAGCUCUCAAAACAGAGAAUGGCGCCUGUAAAGAAGGAGGACGGCGAGCGCAUGGCGCGGGAGCUUGGUGCGGUCAAGUACGUCGAGUGUUCGGCGCUGACCCAAUACAAGCUCAAGGACGUGUUUGACGAGGCGAUCGUAGCAGCACUUGAGCCGCCAGCCGCGAAGAAAGAGGGCGGCGAGAGGAAGAAGGGCAAGAAGUGCAUUGUCCUUUGA